AUGGCGGAGAAUGAGUGGCUAUCGGGUUAUCUGGACGCGAUUCUAGAGCGCGGAGGCGCGCCGAUGGACACUGACAAGAAGGAACGGCUGGAUCUAUCGGAGAUCAAGGGGCAGAGCGGCACAGCCGUCCGAUACUUUGUGAAUGAGAUCAAGGAUUCGAGCGAGGAGGAGCUGCAUCGCACAUGGAUGAAGGCCACAGCAAUGAACGACGAGAAAGGGUCCCGAAUGGAGAAUUUCACGUGGCGAAUUUGGCACCUGUCCCGGAAGAAGAAGCAGUUGGAGCAGGAAGCUUCGCGCAUCAAGGAGCAGCAGCAGCACGACAAGGAGGAGGCUGAGCUGGACAUAGAGGAGGAGGACGGCCCUGACGAUGACGCCCUCCCGGACGCUCUGCCCGGUGCUGACGUGGCUGCUGACGUGGACAAGGCCGCGGAUGACCUGCUGGACUCCAGUGCCAACGUGGCAGCGGCUCAGGCGGCGGCAGCGAAGGCUGCAGCGGAGAAGGAAUCCCGGGGGAGGAGGGAGAACCAGCAGCAGGGGGCGCAGCAGGGGGAGAGGCAGAGGGAGGUGCCUGCUGGUGCAGGGUUGACUGCUGAGGCGCCUGGGAGGGAUCCGCUUGAGCAUGGCACGGAGAAGAGGCUCUAUAUUGUCAUGAUCAGCAUCCAUGGGUUGGUGCGAGGAGAGAACAUGGAGCUGGGGCGAGACUCGGACACGGGCGGCCAGGUGAAAUACGUGGUGGAGAUUGCGAGAGCUCUCGCGUCCAUGCCUCAGGUGUAUCGCGUGGAUCUGCUCACACGCCAGAUCGUUGCCCCUGGGGUUGAUUGGUCAUACGGAGAACCCUCAGAGAUGAUCAGCUCCCUCCGCUACGACCCGGACGGGAUGAUAGCAGGGGAGAGCGCGGGGGCCUACAUCAUCCGCCUGCCGUGCGGCCCGCGCGACCAGUACCUGCGCAAGGAGGCGCUGUGGCCGUACGUGGACGAGUUUGUGGACGGAGCUCUCACGCACAUCAUGCACAUGUCGAGGGAACUGGCGGAUCAGAUCGGGGACGGGCAGCGCGUGUGGCCGUAUAUGAUUCACGGGCAUUACGCCGAUGCUGGAGACAUAGCCGCGCUGCUCUCAGGUGCACUGAACGUGCCCAUGGUGCUAACAGGCCACUCCCUGGGCCGUAACAAGUUGGAGCAGCUGCUGAAGCAGGGGCGCAUGAGUCGCGGGGAGAUCAACACGCAGUACGCCAUCGACCGGCGCAUCGAAGCCGAGGAGUUUUCUCUGGAUGCGGCAGAGCUGGUGGUGACGAGCACGCGGCAGGAGGUGGAGGAGCAGUGGGGGCUGUAUGACGGCUUUGACGUGCGCCUGGAGAGGGUGCUGCGCGCCAGGCAGCUCAGAGGGGUCAGCUGCCACGGCCGCUUCAUGCCGCGCAUGGCGGUCAUUCCCCCAGGAAUGGAUUUCUCCAACGUGGUCGUCCCAGAUAUCGACGGCUCAGAUUCGCCCGGGCCUGAGCCUCCCAUUUGGGCCGAGGUGCGCAAGUUCUGGUCCAACCCGCACAAGCCCGUUAUCCUUGCUCUCGCCCGCCCCGACCCCAAGAAGAAUCUCACCACGCUCGUGCGCGCCUUUGGGGAGUGCCAGGCGCUAAGGGACCUCGCAAAUUUGUGCCUGGUUAUGGGGAAUCGAGACGAUAUCGACGCCAUGAGCGCUGGAAACGCAGAGGUGCUGACAGCGGUGCUGAAGCUGAUAGACAAGUACGACCUGUACGGGCAGGUGGCGUACCCCAAGCACCACAGGCAGGCUGAAGUGCCCGACAUCUACGCCCUCGCUGCUAAGUCCAAGGGCGUUUUUGUGAACCCAGCACUCGUGGAGCCCUUUGGCCUCACUCUCAUUGAGGCAGCAGCACACGGGCUGCCCAUGGUGGCCACAAAGAACGGCGGCCCCGUUGACAUCCAAAAGAUGCUGAGCAACGGGCUGGUGGUGGACCCCCAUGACGCCAACGCACUGGCAGAGGCGCUGCUACAGCUGGUGGCGGACAGAACACUGUGGAUCGAGUGCAGGAAGUCUGCUCUAGCCAACAUUCACAAGUACUCCUGGCCGCAGCACUGCGCCUCUCUUCUCACCCGUGUGGCCCAGUCUCGUCUCCGCCACCCCGUGUGGAGGGCAGCAGCACUCUUCGACCAGGUCGCUGCCUCUACCACCACCACCACCAACACCACCGGCCUCCAAUCCGACUCCCUCCGGGACAUCCAAGACCUCUCCCUGCGCCUCUCAUUCGACGGCAAGUUCUGGGGCGGAGGGUCCUUCCAGGGAGGAGUGUUGGGCGGGUACCGGGAAGGGGUGGGCGCGUCGGGGCGGCUGCAGGGAAUGCAGGAGGAAGGGGAGGAUGGAGGGGCAGGCGCAGGGGUUGGGGCUGGGGAGAAAGGGUCGGCAGCAGGAGCGGCGGCAGCAGCAGCGUUUGAGGGACUUCGGUUGAGAAGGCGGCGGCGGCUGAUUGUGGUAGCCGUGGACGAAUACGACCCCGUUGGGCGGCCGGGUUCGUCUGUUCUGGACUCUCUUUGCGCCGCCCUGGAGGUGGCCUACCGGCACAACACGGGGACGUUAAGGGAGCGCGUUGUAUGGGGUAUGGGGCCGGGUGGGGAGAUAGGUGUGGUGCUGGCGACGGCACUCACAGCCAGAGAGACAGUGGCAAUGCUGACAGCAGCGGGAUUGGGGCUGAGGCAGCUUGAUGCGCUGAUUGCUGGAGGAGGAAGCGAGGUGUACUACUCUGUACCGUGCUCCACCGCAUCGGACCUUGGAGCAGCAGCAGCUGGGGGAACAGGAGCAGGAACAGCAGCAGGAGCGGGUGCAGCGGCAGGCAUGGCAGCAGGCUUGGUAUCAGCCAUGGCUCCUUUGGAGGAUCGGGAAGGCUGGCAGUUGCUUCCCGAUCCGGACUACUUCGCGCACAUUGAAUACCGGUGGAGCGCUGACGGUGUACGCAGGUCCAUGGGACGAAUCCUGGCUCAUGCUAUAAAGGGUACAACCACCGGUGGGGCUGCCAGUGCUGCCACCACUCCUGCUGCAGGCUCUGGAGGGGUCUUUCCUCCUCCUGCCACUGCCCUCUCUGCUGCUGCUGCUGCUGCUGCUACAAACGGGGCUGCUUCUAACGAGGAGGAGUAUGUGCGCUCAAUCUCCUUCUCAGACGGGCUGACAGCCAUCGCCUCGGAGCCUGCAGCUGCUCCCACCCGCACGGGCAUCCCUGGGAGCAAGAGCGUGACUGGCAGCAGGAUAGGGGAUGCAGGGGCGGGAUCGAGGGGGGCGAGGGGGGCGGUGGGGAACGGGCUGCUGCUGCAGCAGCAGCAGCUGCUGGCGGUGCAGCGCGUGUGUGUGGAGGAUGAGAUGAGAACCACAUCAAGACGGCUGGCUUACCGAGUGCUGGAUAUUGCACAGAUGCCAACAGCAGCUGAGCUGCGUCGUCGCCUGCGUCUACGUGGCUUGAGGUGCCACGUGGGCUACUGCCGUGCUGCCACGUGUCUUCACAUCCUGCCUCUCCACGCCUCUCGCUCACAGGCCCUCAGGUACCUCUGUGUGCGCUGGGGAUUGGAGCCUGCUGACCUGGCAAUCAUCGUCGGCAGUCCAGCUGGCGCUGACGGGGAUUACGCGCAGCUCCUGUCAGGCAUGCACCACACGCUCAUUCUGGAACCUCCCCCUGCUGACGUGUCACAGCACCAAGCAGUGGCAGCAGUAGGGUUAGAUCCGUUUGCAGAGUACAGGAAAAAGCUGCUGCAUGAGUUCGUUCCGCGCAGUGACGUGCAUUUGCCCAAUCUGGUGAAUGUGGAGGAUUCGUCCAAAGACAAAGUCAACGCUCUUGCUGGCGCCCUGGAGAAGAUAGGCUUUGCGUAA